AUGAAUACAUCUUUUUUCCAUGCUUGUUUGAAAAAGCGCAGAGCUGAAAAUGGUAUUGCAACCUAUAUUAUGGAGCAAGGUAGAUUGAUAGAUAAUUUUCAUGAUGUAGUGUCUCACUUUGUAGAGCAUUUUAGAAGCUAUUUGGGUAGUCCGAGUUCAGCUACAGGCAGGAUUGAUUUACACUGUAUUGAGAUGGGUGCCAAGCUCUCUAUAGAUCAACAACUGCUGCUUUUAAAACCCUUUUCUCGUAAGGAAAUCCGAGCUGCAUUAUUUGGUAUUCCCAUCACCAAGUCCCCGGGACCUGAUGGCUUUGGUUAUGGUUUUUUCAAGGUCUUAUGGCAGGAAAUUGGGGAUGAAGUUUGUUCAGCGAUUGGUCAGUGUUUUGACACAGGGCAUUUUCCUUCUGAGCUUCAUGAAACUACUCUAUCGUUGGAUCUUAUCAAGAACUAUGGGAGGACCUCUACUUCGCCUAGAUGUGCUAUUAAGAUAUAUUUAAGCAAAGUUUAUGAUACAGUUGAUUGGCAGUUUCUUGAGGAUAUUUUAAGGGCCCUUUGUUUUCCUAUGAAAUUUAUAGGUUGGAUUAUGGUCUGCUUGAAAAAUACUUCUUACUCUUUGCUUAUGAAUGGUAGAGUUCAAGGAAGUUUUAAGGGUAAGAAGGGGUUGUGUCAGGGUGAUCCUAUGUCUCUCCUUUUGUUUGUGCUUAUCAUGGAGUAUUUGACUAGGAGCCUUCAACUAGCAUCUCAGAAUUCUAAAUUCAGAUUUCACCCCAUGUGUAAGCUUCUCAAUUUGUGCUUUGCUGAUGAUUUGAUUUUAUUUUGUAAAGGAACUCGAUCUGUUGUUAGCAUUUUCAAAGAGGUUUUAGUGAAGUAUAGUGCUGCAACUGGUCUCUCUAUAAAUGCUAAUAAGUCUCAUAUUUUCUUUGGAGGAGUCAGUGCCACUGAGAGAAGGAUUAUUACCCAAGAGAUUCAGUUACCUGAAGGAUCCUUUCCUCUUAAGUAUCUUGGGGUGCCUAUGCGGCCAACUAAGUGGAGACAUGAAGAUUGUGAUAUAAUUCUUCAAAAAAUCAGAUUGAAGCUUCUGUCUUGGACUAGCAGGCAUCUGUCAUUUGCAGGCCGAAUGCUUCUCAUUCACUCAGUUCUGUUUGGGCUUCGUAAUUACUGGAUGAGUAUCUUUGUGUUACCUCAAAGUAUUAUUAAGGAAGUUGAGAAACUUUGCUGUGGUUUUCUGUGGGGUAUUUCUGGGAACAGGAGCAAGCUUCAUAUUGCUUCAUGGCAGCAGGUUUGUCUCCCUAAAGCUUAUGGGGGUCUCGGUUUCAGGGAUGGGGCCAGUUGGAAUAGAGCCAUCUUAGCUAAAUAUAUCUGGGCCAUUUCUGAAAAACCUGAUAUUCUGUGGGUCAAAUGGAUCAAUGCUAUCUAUCUGAAAGGCUUCAAUUUCUGGAAUUACACUCUGAAACCAGAUUGCAGUUGGUAUUGGAGAAAGCUAUGCCAUUUAAGGGGCAAAUUCAGUCAGACAGAGAUCCUUGCUACUGUGGUGGUUAAUGCUCACCUUCUCACUAGAGACAACUUGAUCCAGUUUAACUUACAGGUGAACAGCCUGUUAUGUCCUGUCUGUGGUGGUCACAAUGAGAGUCACACUCAUCUCUUUUUUGAAUGCUGCCUUUCUAAGAUGAUUCUUAAACUCAUCUUUACUUGGAUAGGGUUUAAAGCUUGGCCUAUUGAUUUCAAUGGCUGGGUUGUUUGGCUAGCUAGUGGUCGACAUGGUACUACUUCUUCUAUAUUGAACUUGGUUGUGGCUGCUGUUAUCUACAGCAUUUGGAGGAACAGAAAUAGAUGUAUUUUUUAUGGUUAUUCUUUGACAACUGAUAGCAUAGCUAAGGAUGUUAUAAACAUAGUUAAGUAUCGAUUAUACAUUGUUAAUAAUAGGAAGAUUUCUCUCCAAGAUCAGCCUUUUAUUAGGAAACUCCAAUGUAAUUACGUGCUUUGUUCAGUUGUUCCUUCUCAGUUGUUUGUACAGUUUGACUGUUAG